AUGGCGAGGACAGGGAACAUUCAGCGACUGCAUGUACGCUUAACGACGAAGACAAGGAAGUUGAUGGCAGUUUGCAUCGGUGGAGUAUUAUUGCUCUAUGGUGGACAGGCUGUUCCCGAUCAACUGCGUGAAGGACUUCAGAAUCGGAGUUUACAGCAGCAAGCGGUGGCGCUUGCCAGGCUUACAGUCAAGGGCACAGAUGCGAUGUGUGAAUUGCCUGCGCCAGCGACACAAGAUACCGCCCCAGCUGCUGGUAGGCUGACGCUAUCAAGCGCAAGUAUGAUAGCCACUUUGCAGUGUUCCGGUGCCAGCAGUGCAAGCAUAUCGACCGUACCGGAAAAUCUGACGCAACACGUGUGUGAUCCAAAGCAGACCAGCAAUUCGUCCACAUGUAAGUUUGGGAACAGCGCACCAGCCACCAAAGAGGUCACGCUGAAAGAAGUGCUUGGGACAACGCGCACUAUUCAAUGGACGGAAUCCCAACAGUCAGAAAGGAACACCAAGGGGCAAAAGUGGGCGUUGGAGCUGGACGCGGGAGACCUUCCUUUAACCGACAAGGCGUUCGUCGUCGGGUGCCAAUCCACUACCUCUGGCAAGUCACCGAACAACAACGCAGCGUGCAAGCUCACUGUAAAUGUGGAAGCGAGAGCUUCUUCUGUUGGAGACCACAACGUUGUCACCUGUGCGUACGGCAAAAACAGCAACCCUAAACCCUUGGAGGUGGAUAUGUCAACAGAGAACAAUACGCUCACUAUUCAGUGUGGAACCGAGGGUUCCCUCACCCCUACAAGCUAUACAACUGACUACUGCAUCUCUGACAGUACAGACCUGGAAGCAUGCACGAAGAAGGCAUUUGUUGAUAUUCUUCCAACAUUUUCGACCAGCUGGUGGGAUACAGAGUCCCAAACGGGUUCAGCAAAGCUGACAAUCCCGGAGACGGACUUUCCUGAAACAGAACAGCGGCUCCUUGUGGGCUGCGUCCCCAAGACGAAAACUUCGCAAAACGGAGAACAAAAUGAUGAUAGGUUGACAGCAAAGGAUGAACCUCAGACGCAGACUGCGACACCGACGAGCUGCCAGGUUCUGGUGACUGUCAGGGCCGCCAGCGCUGCUUCAUAUGCAGCACCCGCUCCAACAGCAGUGAUUGCAGCCUCUGGUGUAGCCGUCAUGGCAGCCAUGUUUGUGAAGUCGUUGUAG